CAGGGGAUCAUCAUUUGACAUGGAACAGAGUGACUGAUCUGCAUAGAGAAGUUCCUAUAGAUGUAUCUCAACCACAGGCCCAGCUGCCUGGUCUAAGCAAUUAUUCCCUUGAAGCUUUUGACGCAAGUAGUGAUGAAGAAGAUGGCAUCUCUUAUAUCCAGGAAUGUCUGUCUGAAGUGUUUGAAGGGAUUCCAAGACUACACAGGCGGCGAGAUGGGAGAAGUUUCCUCAGCCUCAAUACACCCAAGGAAACUGAAGCUUCAGGAGCGUCGUACUUUGGAAUUCCGGUGAACAAGGACACAGGUUUUACUAAUGCCAACUCUCUGGCAAAAUUUAUCUCAUCCUGUCCUAAAAAGGACUCAUCACAGAAUGCUAGUCAUGGUUCACUCCAGAGUCCGAAGGACAAAUGCAAGCCACGUCUCCCUUCAGAACAGGAAAAUGUUGAACCCCAACCCAGAAUUAUUAACAAGAACAGGAUUUUGGAACCAAGGGACUGGCAUAAAGAUUUAGAUCUAAGAACAUUUCUUAAGAAUAGGGUGAAGAAUGAUUUUCAGAACUCAGCAAGACUCAGCUGUAAACAGGUGUCAAAUAAAGAUAGCAGGAAGUUGAGAAAUUUAAGUGUUAAUGUGCAAUAUAAUGUGUUCAAAUCAAAGCGGGAAAUUUGUUUUGUAGAAGGAGAAUCUGCAGACAAAAGCACUGACAGUGAUAGCCAUGAAGUCCAUAUUUCCGAGGAAGUUUGUCAAGAAAUUCCUGAAAAUGAGAGCUUGAAGAACGAAGCAUCAGGUCCAGAUAUUUUCCCUGAAAUCCAGACGUCAAGGAAACUCUUAGAUAUAUUAGGAACAUCAGAAAGCAAUGCCAACAAAGAGGAAGAUGCUAACAAUAAUAGUUGGUCUAAGCAAACACCAGAAUAUGGGAGCUUGCUGGAGAAAAGUGAUUUGGAAGUGGCAUAUGAAACUAUCAGGGAUGUUGAUUUGAGCGUAACUUUUCAGAACAUGUCCAUGCAUGAGGAAGACAUAGUUGGACUGAACAGCUCAAACUACAUAAUUUUAGAUGAGACAGUUGGAAGUGUCGAGGAAGUGAGCAUUGUGGAAAGUACCCCCAUUCUUCAAAAAAAGGAGGAGCCUAACACACAGUUCCCAAAUACUCAGGAGCUAGAAGAAAUUCAUAUACCAUCAGCUAGUGCAGAGAAAGAUCUAAAAUCAGAUGAGUUAUCAACAGUGGAACAGGAAUUAGAGCCAGUAACAAAAAAUCACCAGGAGGAGAGACGAUCUAGUAGUGAAAAGCCCGAGCCACAAGCAGUGAGUAAAGAGUUCUUGAAGAAUAUUGCAAAUGAGGAAGCAGUAUCAAGUAGUAAUGAAACUGAAGAAGGAACUCAGAGAGAAAACUUGAAAUUAAAGUCUGAAGAAGGAAACAAAAGAGAAAAUUUGAAGUUAAA